AUUUUCACCCUUAUCUUAUUCCAAUAAAAAACUGAAUAAAAGUUUGUAAUAUUUUCCGUAAUUAAAGAAUGUCACGAUUGUACAUAUUAAGCUUUUGAUUAACGAGUUACCAGAUUGAAAUCAAUAUGGAGAUAAACUUGUGGAAUGAGAGAGCUUUGAAUGAAACAAUUCAGCCCAUUAAAUGCUUUUGCGACCCAAAAACUUGUAAUAAUCAGUUAUGGUGUUGGUCUGCUGAUCAAUGUUAUUCGGCUGUUGUGGUUGAACCUUACGGACUAGUAGCUAGAGCAGGUUGUAUUUCGGUUGAUUCACCGCUUCAAUGCAACACUCCAGCAUCUAGAAGUCAUGCAAUAAUUUGCUGCAAUGAUCAAGCAUUAUGUAACGAGGCCUUGGAGCCGACAUUAAUUGGAGGGAAUGACAUACACUUCAACAACAAGGGAGAUGAAAAAAGUUUAACCCCUCUAGUUCUUUCAAUUGUUAUCCCAGCAACUGUUUGCUUGUUUGUCCUCCUAUUAUUGUUCUUUUUGUUCCGAUGUUACAAACGGUACGCUUGGAAAGCUCAUAAAUAUGAGAAGGCAACAUCCGCUGAAACUUCUCCCGAGAAACCAACCAAUAACCCUUUGGCGACCCCAUUUGGAGGCCAACCGGAGGCUUCGCUUUCUCCAAUAACUGCUGGUGACAGUACCUUACAGGAUUUACUCGGGCAUUCAUAUAGUUCUGGAAGCGGUAGUGGUUUGCCGUUCUUAGUUCAAAGAACGGUGUCUCGUCAAAUUAAUCUCAUAGAUAGAGUCGGAACUGGUCGUUACGGAGAAGUAUGGAAAGGAAGUUGGCAGGGAGAGAUGGUUGCCGUGAAAAUUUUUUCAUCGAGAGAUGAGCAAUCUUGGUUCCGAGAGACUGAAAUAUAUAACACAGUUCUACUCAGACACGAAAACAUUCUCGGCUUUGUUGCCAGUGAUAUGAUAUCUCGAAAUUCUUGGACGCAGAUGUGGCUGAUAACUCACUAUCAUGAAUAUGGAUCACUGUAUGAUUUUCUGAAUACAAAUACUGUGAAACACGAUGUGAUGCUCAGAUUUGCCCAAUCCAUUGCAAAUGGACUAGUGCAUUUACACGUAGAAAUCACUGGAACACAAGGAAAGCCGGCAAUAGCUCAUAGAGAUUUAAAGACUAGAAACAUCCUUGUCAAAAGGAACUUGUCCUGUUGCAUCGGUGACUUGGGGCUGGCUGUUACUCAUAGACGUGACACAAACCACGUAGAUCGCGGACAAAAUACCAAAGUCGGAACUAAACGAUAUAUGGCGCCUGAAAUUCUGGACGAUAAGCUGAAUAUGGAUUCAUUUGAGGAAUUCAAACAGGCAGACGUAUACGCUAUGGGUCUGGUGUUCUGGGAGAUUGCUCGCCGAUGCGAAUUUUCUGGAAAGGUAUUCGAGUACCAGCCGCCCUUUUUCGAUCACGUUCAGAGUGACCCUUCAUUCGAGGAGAUGCGCAAGGUAGUCUGUGUGAACAAAUCGAGACCCGUGGUCCCUGGGCAAUGGAUGGCAGACAGGGUCCUGUCCCAGAUGGGUCGACUGAUGUGUGAGUGUUGGCACGAGAGUGGCUCAGCCAGACUGACUUCCUUGCGAGUGAAGAAGACCCUCCAGCUGAUAGAACCAGUCUGUCCAGAGGUCAAGUGGAAACUGGACCUCAUCUGAUCAAUCAGUCAACGCUGGUGCAUUACUGUCACUUACUAGUAAUAUAAAUAUGGAUUGAUACACACGCACAAAAAGAAAAACGGGAAUCUAUAAACUACCAAAUUACGGAUAUCAUGUUCGAAAAACUGCAUUUAUUAUCAUUUUUAUUUUGGUCUGAGAUUUUUUUUGUAAAUAGAAUAAAUUUGGUAGUCCUGCCGUGGUCAUAAUUUUUCUUCACUUAAGGAAUUCGCUUUUUUCAAUGUAAUUUAUAAACAAAUUGUAAGGUUUGUCGGAAAAAAUUGAAAUGUUUUAUAUUACUUGUCAUUAUUGAUACAUUUUAACAAUAUUUCGUUGAAAAGCUUACUGCUUCUCUCAAAUUCUAUCAUCUGAGUGCCGUGAAAUUGUUCAGCUGUGUUUCGUAACAUGUUUGUAAACUAGUAUAAUCCUAAAGGUUAAACAAUAACAUGAAGCUCAAUUAGAAUUUAGUGCCUUCUCCCUUCACUUUUUUGUAUAACAUAGAUGGUUUCUUAGUUUGUUUAAUAUUCGUAUCUUUUUCCGACGCGUGUGUAUAUUGUAACUGUUUGAUGGAUUAAUAUCUUUAUUGACUGUUUAGA